UACUUUAAUCUGUUGCACCAGUGCAGCAGUGCACAGCAGUGCAGCGAAAAAGAACAAGUCAUAUGUUUUGUAAUUUAUAUGUAGGUUAUCGUCACACUAAUUUCAAACUAUAUUUUUCGCCCGUAAAUUCGCGGGUUUUGAUACCUCUUUAUUGUAAAAUAAAAUUUGUAGAGGAUGAAGGAGAUAACUCUUACAAACUGCGAACGAAAUUUUAUAAACAAAUGUAUAGAAGAGGAAACGAGAUUAGACGGCCGAAAAUUGUUAGAGCCACGUUCGGUAAAGAUCUAUUUUGGCUCUAGUUGGGGUUGUUGUAUGGUGUCUCUUGGUCAUACAAGAGUAGUAACGCAAGUGUCAUGCGAUAUACAACAGCCAAAAACGUCCCGACCCAAUGAGGGCACUAUACGCAUAAACGUCGAGCUUACUCCAUUAGCAGCGCAACAUUUUGAAGGUGGUAGACAGUCUGAAGCAGCUAUACUGAUCAGUAGGCAGCUGGAAAAAUGUUUUAAAGAUUCAAAGUGCAUAGACUUGGAAUCUCUCUGUAUUGUAGCAGAUAAGAAGGUAUGGAAUUUGAGAAUUGACGUUAAUAUCAUAAAUCAUGAUGGCAAUCUGGUAGAUUGCGCUUCCAUUGCAAUGCUUGCUGCUCUUAUGCACUUCCAUAGGCCAGACGUCACUUCUACGGGCGAGGAAAUAAUCAUACAUCCGGCUUCUGAGAAAGAUUUUCUGCCAUUAACAUUAUUCCACUAUCCAAUCUGUGUAUCUUUCAUAACUUUCCAGAGUGGCAACACUAUAAUGGAUCCAACAUAUUCAGAAGAAAGAGUUGGUGUUGCUGAACUUACUCUUGGUAUAAACUCCUAUAGAGAACUCUGUAGUUUGCACUUUGAUUAUUUAACGAAAACUAUGACUGUCAAGGAUGUCAUAUCCACUGUUUCUAAUCAUGCAGCGAAUUACGCAACGGAAUUGGUGCAGCAAAUCAAAGACGCGGUAGUCAAGGACGUGCAGUCACGGUACAAAAAAGAUGAUAGCAGCAUAUCUAGAUUUAAAGAUAGUAUUCAAGUUAAUAAAUUGACAACAACAAUCGGCGAACACCUUAGUAUUAAAUUACGUAAAUGGGACAAAAUGGCUGUAGUCGAAGAUGAUUUUAUGGAAGUAGAUGAGAAUAAGAGUCGUAUCAUAAAAUACGAAGAUGGAUCUGCUGAAUUAGUACCAAUUUUCGAUGAUUCGGUUAACAAAGAGGAAAAUGUUACUGCAUACGAUUCAGAUUGGGACGAAAUUCUCGUCAAAUCUCCAUCUCCGGAAAGGAAAAAAAUAGAUGUGAUAGACUUAGAUAGUGAUUAGUUUCAUUAAAAAAUAUAUAAUGAAUUUGAAAUAACAAUCUAUAAGGUUAAUAUAGUUUUUAUUCUAUAA